CCGAAGGGCCAGUCUCACGUUGCGGCCCGCUGAUUGGCUGAGUCGGGCUACCGCCGCCUUUACUUCACUUCCUUAGGGCUUGCGGGGGCGGGGCGACGGGGUGCUCGAGCCGCUCAGGUUUGGGCGGCUUGUUUGUGUUGGUUACUCAGCUGAUCCGGGUGGUGCGUUUGGGGUCGGGCCCUGGGCUUGGGCUGACGUCAGCGGUCUGACGGGUCGAGGGCGAGAUGAGAGACUGAGCUGCCUUCGGUCUGCAGCCCGGUACGACUGAAUUGUGGCAUUUUUUAAGUGAAGCAUUCAAGAAUGAAGUGAAAGAAAGUCAUAACAUAUGGGAAAUAAAAACCUCUUAAGUAAUGUCCAUUCAUUUGGCUUUAGAUAUAUAUAUUUAUCUCCUUAGCAAUGCAAGAAGCCUUUGUGGAAAACAGAGAAGCAAGCAACUAUAUCCCUUGUGCACACCUAAAUAUUAUUGGAAGAUAAGCUACAGCAAUCAGCAGAGAAGCUUUCAUACAAGCAAAACAAGAUAUAAAUGUCCCAAAAGUCACACAUUUGUUUGUAGUAAACAUUACUGUAAUCCACACAACCAUGAUUUACACGUUGGAGUUUUAAAACUUAGCACUUCUGCACCCAGGGGUCUAACUAAAGUAAGCAUUCAUAUGUCCCGUAUUAAAAACACCUUGGACUCUGUUUCAAAAGCUGUUUUUGGCAAUCAGAAUGAAAUGUUUUCACGUUUCUCUAGAUUCAAACCAGGAAUAUUGAGGAAAAAAUCAGAAGAUGGCGUAUUAAACCAGAAAAGUGUUAAACAUGCUUCUGGCACCAACAUUCUGAAUGAUUCCAGUGGUAAUAAAACAGAAAAGAGCCCUUUUCCAGAAGGCAAAAUCUCAGACCCUUCUUUGGAAAGCCCAACCAAGAUCGACCCAGUUUUAGAGAAAGGUCUAGAAGAUAGUAAACAGAACAUUUAUUAUACAAACUCUAUAAUCACAAAAUUUGAGGAAUCAUUAUACUUUUUAUCAAGUCAUAUAAAUUCAUACUUUACAAAUAUGACUGAAAGAAAUGAAAAUAACCGUGUGCAGCAAGAUACAGAGAUAAAAGUGGGAAAGGAUGAAGCUGGAAUCAAACAGGAUCCUUCUAAGGAAGCAGUUCAACUUAAAGAGAAGGGGACAGAUUCACAGUUUCUUUCAACUACUGUAGCUCACCCUGAGGAGCUUGCUGGGACAUCUGAUACUCUUCCAGCUUCUGUUAAACAGAGCUUUGCCAACUUUCUUGCACGACCUACUGACAGUGUACAGGCACUUGUGGGUGGUUACAUUGUCGGACUUGUACCCAAAUUAAAAGCGGAUUCAAAACAUAAUUCAGAAGAAUUUCAAGGGGGCGAUCCAGCUGAAGAGGCUCGCAGAAAAGAAAAACAUGAUGAAGAGAAAAGACGCAUAUCCCUUCAGCGAGAAAAGAUUAUUGAAAGGGUGAGUAUAGAUAACAGAACCCGGGCUUUAGUUCAAGCAUUAAGAAGAACGACUGAUCAUAGACUCUGUAUUACCAGGGUCGAAGAAAUAACUUUUCAUCUUCUAGCAUUUCCUGAAGCAAAAGCACUAGCUGUCAAGGAAAAACUUAUUCCAUACUUACUACGACUAAGACAAGUUAAGGAUGAAGCUCUUCAAGCUACUAUUAGGGAAAAUUUGGCUUUAGUUGGCUAUACAGAUCCAGUGAAAGGAAGAGGAAUUCGUAUUCUCACAAUUGAUGGUGGAGGAAUAAGAGGUGUGGUUGCUCUUCAGACUCUUCGAAAAAUAGUUGAACUUACACAACAGCCAGUUCAUCAACUUUUCGAUUAUAUUUGUGGUGUAAGCACAGGUGCCAUAUUGGCUUUCAUGUUGGGAUUAUUUCAUUUGCAUCUGGAUGAAUGUGAGGAACUUUAUCGAAAGUUAGGAACGGAUGUAUUUACCCAGAAUCUUCUUGUUGGAACAGUCAAAAUGGGGUGGAACCAUGCAUUUUAUAACAGUGAAACCUGGGAAAGAAUACUAAAGGAUAGAAUGGGAUCUGAUCUAAUGAUUGAAACAGCAAGAAAUCCCAAGUCUCCUAAGGUGGCAGCAGUAAGUACUCUUGUAAACAGAGGAGUAACACCAAAAGCAUUUGUGUUCAGAAACUAUGGUCACUUUCCUGGAGUCACUUCACACUAUUUGGGAGGAUGUCAUCACAAAAUAUGGCAAGCUAUUCGAGCAUCAUCUGCUGCACCUGGUUACUUUGCAGAAUAUGUAUUAGGAACUGACCUUCAUCAAGAUGGAGGUUUGCUUCUGAAUAAUCCUUCAGCUUUAGCAAUGCAUGAGUGUAAGUGUCUUUGGCCAGAUACCCCAUUACAAUGUAUAGUAUCCUUGGGCACUGGGCGUUACGAAGGUGAUGUGAGGAACAAUUUAACAUCGACAAGUCUGAGAAGUAAACUGUCAACUGUUAUCAGCAGUGCUACUGAUACAGAAGAAGUCCAUGUAAUGCUUGAUGGCUUUUUACCUCCUGACACUUACUUUAGAAUCAACCCCGUAAUGCGUGAAAACAUACCUCUGGAUGAAAGUCGAAAUGAAAAGCUUGACUUCUUACAGUUGGAAGGAAUUCGGUAUUUAGAGCGAAAUGAAGAAAAAAUGAAAAAGCUUGUAAAAAUAUUAACCCAAGAAAAAACAACUCUACAGAAAAUUAAUGAUUGGCUAAAAUUGAAAUCAGAUAUGUAUGAAGGUCUUCCAUUUAUAUCUAAAUUGUGAAAAAAAAAUUGCAUGCACCAUCCUAAGUGUGAAAUCUAUUCUAAAAGAGCUAUCCAAUUCUAUGAAAAAUUGAUGCAUAUAGGUAUACAAAAUAAUUUUAUGACAUUUGUUAGUUGUAGAAUAUGCUGGGGGAAAAAAAACCGUCCAGACCAGCAUGAACAGUUCAGGGUGUUUGGUCCAGAAUUUAUAUUGGAAUUAGGUUUUUAUGAUGUUAAUAAUUAUUUGAGCUUUAAGAACUUACCUGUUGUACCACUUGGUUUUAGUAAACAUGGUGGUGUUUUUGUUUUUGUGUAGUUUUAACAUGUAUUAAUAUUUGUGCCAAACAAGACACUGGAAAUUAUUAGAAGGCUGUAUUUUUGCUUUAAGGUACCAUAAUCAUGUUGAAUUUAUUUGAACGUUAUGUUGUGUUGGGUUUUUUUUAGUGGAAAAUCAAAAUUUUUCCUAAGAAUCUAUUCUAGUAUGUUUUUACAUUUCAGUUUAAUAAUCUCUUAAUGGAUGUAUGAAAACAGGUGUUUGCUUCUGUUAGAGUCUUUUCACAAAAAAUAAAAUAGCUUUAAAUAAAUAAUUUAAUCUCAUAAAAUUUACUUAUACCAUCAAAGAGUUUGGCUCAAGAAAUAUAUCACCAAUUUACUGGUGUUUUUCUGAGAUUUCAAAAUACUGUAUGCUAUCUUUUCUGUAUCAGCUCUAGCUUUUUCCUUCAUUGUUUGAGAAUCCUUUGAAUUCAUUGAAGAAAAUAUUCCUAUCAAAAUAACAAAAUAAAUUCCUGAAGUAAUCUGCUCCAGAAA